AUGGACAUAGACAACAUUACAGUGGUGACAGAAUUCAUCCUCCUUGGACUCACUCAGUCUCGAAAUAUGCAGCUCCUGGUCUUUGUACUGAUCUCGAUUUUCUACAUCAUCAUCCUCCCUGGAAACUUCCUCAUCAUCCUCACCAUAAGAUCGGACCCAGGACUCUCUGCCCCACUUUACUUCUUCCUGGGCAACUUGGCCUUCCUGGAUGCGUCCUACUCCUUCAUCGUGGCUCCCAGGAUGCUGGUGGACUUCUUCUCUGAGAAGAAGGUCAUCUCCUACAGAGGCUGCAUCACUCAGCUCUUUUUCCUGCACUUCCUGGGAGGAGGGGAAGGGUUGCUUCUUGUGGUGAUGGCCUUUGACCGCUACAUCGCCAUCUGCCGGCCUUUGCACUACUCAACUGUCAUGAACCCUAGAGCGUGCUAUGCAAUGCUGCUAGCUCUGUGGCUUGGGGGUUUUAUCCACUCCAUUAUCCAGGUGGCUCUCAUCCUGCGUUUGCCUUUCUGUGGCCCCAACAAGCUGGAUAACUUCUUCUGUGAUGUCCCCCAGGUCAUCAAGCUGGCCUGCACGGACACCUUCAUGGUGGAGCUUCUGAUGGUGUUCAACAGUGGUCUCAUGACACUGCUGUGCUUCCUGGGGCUUCUGUCUUCCUACGCUGUCAUCCUCUGCCAUGUUGGUAGGUCAGCUUCUGAAGGCAAGAGGAAGGCUGUAUCUACCUGUACCACUCAUGUCAUUAUUAUACUCCUCAUGUUUGGGCCUGCCAUCUUCAUCUACACUCGUCCAUUCAAGGCCUUACCAGCUGAUAAAGUGAUUUCGUUCUUCCACACAGUGAUCUUUCCCUUGAUGAAUCCUGUGAUUUACACACUUCGCAACCAGGAAGUAAAAACUUCCAUGAAGAGAUUAUUAAGUUCACAUGUGGUCUAUUGA